AUGGAGAAAGAAGCAGAUGCAAAAGUUGCCAUCGAAAAUCUUAACGGAAAGGAAGUGAAAGGAAGAAGAGUCAAUGUGGAACUCUCUACUAAUGUUCAGAAAAAGGGGGCAGGACAAAAUGCCCAGGCAGGCAUCAAUGCUGACAAGAGCAAGAGAGCAAGUGUGGACUUUAGAGAGAAAUAUCAACCCAAGAUCGACGGUUACGAGCAGCUUAGGCCUACAGACUCUACAUAUCCAUCAGUCUCUGCAGGAUACACUGCAUCCUCGCUCUACGAUUAUCAGCAGCGCUUCGGUGGCACCAACACUUCAAACAAAUACAACUCCUUUGACACUCAGACAAGGCAAGCAUCUCCCUCAUAUUUUGGAAGGGACAGAAGCCCAAUUCGACGAUCACCAACAAGAAUCGGUUUUGCCACUGUGUCACUACCCAUGACAGCACAACCAGCAUCCUACAGAGCUCAGCCAUCAACCUCACUGGGUGCAACCUACAGAGCCCAGCCCUCUGCAUCUCUCGGAAUGUCUUACAGACCCCAGCCAACAACGGGACAGGCAGCAUCUUACAGGGCCCAGCCCUCGACCUCACUUGGAAAUACUUACAGAACCCAGUCCUCUGUUUCACUAGGAGCUUCUAAUACCCAGCCUGCAGCCUCAUCACUAAAUUCCUACAGCGCUCAGGCUGCUGCUGCUUACAACACCCAGGCUGCAGCUUCCCAGUUAGCCUCUUAUGGGGUCCAGUCCACAGCAACACUAGCAUCAUCCUAUGGAGCUCAGCCUUCAGCCUCGCAUGCAGCCUCUUAUGGUACUCAGCCUGUGGCUGGUUACUCAGCCUCCUAUGGAGCUCAGCCAACAGCCACACAUGCAGCCGCUGCCUAUGCAGCUCAGUCUGCAGCUGGUCACACAGCCACCUAUGGAGCCCAGCCUGUGGCCACACACGCAGCCGCCUAUGGAGCCCAGCCUGCAGCCAGCCACUUGGCUUCUUAUGGAGCCCAGCCUGUGGACAGCCACUCAACCUCUUAUGGAGCCCAGCCUGCAGCUACUCUCUCAGCCUCAUAUGGAGCUCAGCCAGUGGCUGGCCAUUCAGCCUCGUAUGGCGCCCAGCCUGCAACUGCUCUCGCAGCCUCGUAUGGCGCCCAGCCUGUGGCCGGUCAUUCAGCCUCGUAUGGCGCCCAGCCUGUGGCCGGUCAUUCAGCCUCGUAUGGCGCCCAGCCUACAGCUGUGCUCUCAGCAACCUAUGGCACCCAGCCUGCAUCCACUCUGGCUGCAUCUUAUAGCAAUCAGUCUGCAGCAGCUUCCUACAAAUCACAGGUCUCUGCUCCACUGACCACACCCUAUAGAACACAGUCUUCAAACUCAAUGUCAGCUUCCUAUACAGCACAGCAGCCCUCCUCUGUUCCCUUGGCAGUCACUUUCAGAGCUCAGCCUGUGACCGCAUAUGAUGGGCCAACCCAGCUUGGACAACAAGCAACCCCGUAUUUGGGACUGUCUCAGUCUUCUGCUGCUGCUGCUGCCAUCGCACCACCAUACGAACGCACCCGCCUUUCUCCUCCACGGAGUGCUGGCUAUGACGAUCCUUUCAAAAAAUCAUCUGCUUUGGCUAAAAGGUACAGUUCUGACCGCCGUUUAUCUGACCUCUCAGAUUACCGUCGUUUAGCAGACUCGCCACUUGUGUACCGUCAUUCGCCGACAAAGUCCCCGCUGGAUUAUCGCCGUCUUCCAGAACCGCAUUCCGACUAUACCCGUUAUUCGGGUGCCUAUGGCGAUUAUAUGCAUACUGCUCGGCUACAUUCUAAUUACCAGCGCCGCCUGUAGUGGGGUUGGGGUUCCUGUUCCAGAUGGGGGCAGUAUCAUUAAUUACAUGUUCCCCAUUGGGACACGCUUUCUUAGCAUAAAGCCAAUCUGCGUCUUUACUAGGCUGGCUUCCUCAUUCAGUUCUCUGCAGAUUCUGAGUUAUUAAAUUUCCUUCCCUCCCAUGCUAUCUCAGGUGUCAUUACAGCCUGUCGUUUUGGCUCUGUUCCUUCAUGUCACUUGAUUAAAGAAUUAUUUGAGGCGAUAGUAUGAGGCGUGUCUGAGACAUGCUACUACAUCCAACACAAAUAGCAUUCUCCUGGUUUUUACUUUGGGGGAUUUUAUUUUCAGCUGCCUUUUUUGUUGCGUUUUUAGAAUGAUCUGAAUUUAUGAUCUCAAGAAGAACCUGUCCUGCAACCCCAGGAACAAUGUAGACGACUGCUGCACAUUGUGUCUUUGAAAGUCGAAGACUCGAGUUCCUUCGUGCUCCAGUAGGGCUAAGAAUGCCAUAGCAUAUCUGGAAUCGGUUUUUGUUUGCGACUCCUGAUGCUAAUGUCUCUAUUAGUAAGACAUAAGCUGCUCAUGCAGGAUUCCUAAUAAAUGCAAUUCACAAUGACUGUUGCUCAGUAUUGUUUUUAUAACCCGAGCAAUUGCUUUCUCUGAAUAGAAGAGCAAAUGCUCUUUUAUGUAACAUGAAAAUCCUUUUUCUUUUUACACCGGUGUUAAGUUUGCAGUAGAUGUGAUGUUUGAAUCUAUACAUCUGAAAUGAGUUAGUUUUUGUAUUGACUGUAAAUAAAAUGGGGGCUAUUUACAGUUUA